GUGCCUCUCCUGUUCCUCCAGAUCACCAUGGAGGGUACUGCUCUCUACCUGGUGGUUGUCCUCUUGGUCUCUUUCCCGAAUUCUUCUCACAGCCAACUCUACUCCCUCAUCACUCCAAGUGUCUUGCGGGUAGAGACUGAAGAGACGAUUGUGGUAGAGGCUCAUGAGCACAGCUUUUCCGCAGAGGUCACCGUCUCUGUCUAUGACUUCCCACAGAAGAGAAACACCCUGUACACGGUCAAAACUCGCAUGGAGCCAGCAAGUGGCAUGAUGGUGACCCCGGCCAUAAAGGUUUCUGCCAAUGAUAUGAAGAAGGAUUCCAAGCAAAAUCAGUAUGUGAUUGUUGUGGCCGAGUGUCCUCAGUUCACAUUGGAGAAGACGGUUCUGGUCUCCUUCCACAGUGGAUAUCUCUUCAUCCAGACAGAUAAAACCAUCUACACACCUGGGUCCAAAGUGCUCUACCGUAUCUUUUCUGUGAAUCACAACAUGCAGAUUUUGGAUAAGCCUGUGAUUGUCGAGUUUGAGACACCAGAAGGCGUUGUUGUCAGGCAGUCAUUCAUCAAUCCUACUUCAAGAAACUUCCAACCUCACCCCUUGCCAGAGAUUGUCAGUUUGGGGACCUGGAAGAUUGUGGCCAAGUAUCAAGACUCCCCACAGGAGACCUUCACCACGCAAUUUGAUGUCAAGGAAUAUGUAUUGCCAAGCUUCGAAGUCAUAGUGGAGCCGUCAGCUAAAUUUUAUUACAUUGACAGCAACAGGGAUUUCAGAGUGUCUAUCACUGCAAGGUUCCUCUAUGGGAAGAGUGUGGAGGGUAUUGCCUUUGUCCUCUUUGGAGUGAAAAUGGAUGGCGUCAAACACAGCAUUCCAGACUCGCUGCAGAGAAUUCAGAUUAGUAAUGGAGAAGGGGAAGGAAUCCUAAGGAGAGACAUUCUUCAGACUCGAUUUCACAACCUCAACAAUCUUAUUGGGCACUCCCUCUAUGUCUCUGUGACAGUGAUGACGGAGUCAGGCAGUGACAUGGUGGUGACUGAGCGAUCUGGCAUCAGCCUUGUGACAUCGCCCUAUCAGAUCCACUUCACAAAAACCCCCAAGUACUUCAAGCCGGGGAUGCCCUUUGAACUGAUGGUGUUUGUCACCAAUCCUGAUGGCUCCCCAGCUUCCCGUGUACCUGUGGUGACAGAGCCCAUUGCAGCUGAUGGAACCACCCAGAAUGAUGGGACGGCCAAGCUGAUCCUGAACACCCCAGCAAACAGCCAAGAGCUCAGAAUCACAGUAAAGACCAAAGAUCCCCAACUUUUAAAUGAACGUCAGGCAACCAAGACCAUGAUAGCUACAGCGUACCAGACCCAAGGAGGAUCCGGAAAUUAUCUCCAUUUGGCAGUCACAGCUAUGGAGCUGAAGGCUGGAGACAACUUGCCUAUCAAUUUCAAUUUGAAGAGCAACAACCAGCAAGUACUAAAUCAGAUCCAAUAUUUCACCUAUAUGAUCUUGACUAAGGGGAAAGUGUUCAAGGUUGGGAGGCAGCGCAGAGAAGCAGGACAGAAUUUGGUGACCAUGUCCUUGCCCAUCACCCCGGAUCUCAUCCCUUCCUUCCGAAUUGUGGCUUACUACCAAGUGGGGAACACUGAGAUUGUGGCUGACUCUGUCUGGAUGGAUGUGAAGGACACCUGCAUGGGAACGCUGGUUGUGAAAGGAGAACAUCAGGAAGAUGACCAGCUUCACGAGCCAGGAGAUCAAGUGAAUAUCAAACUCGAAGGAGAUGCAAAUGCUUGGGUUGGUCUUGUGGCUGUGGACAAAGGAGUCUAUGUGCUUAACAAUAAGUACAAGUUUACACAAACCAAGAUAUGGGACUCAGUGGAAAAGAGUGACAUUGGAUGUACAGCCGGCAGUGGCAGGAACAAUCUGGGUGUGUUUGAAGAUGCUGGACUUGCCCUGGUGACCAACAAUAAGCUUUCCACGCAACAGAGAUCAGAUCCAAAGUGCCCUCAGCCUGCAAGACGCCGACGCCGCUCUGUACAGCUCAUUGAAUCUAAAGCAAGUAAAGCUGGCCAGUUUCAGAAUCGGACACUAAGGAAGUGCUGUGAAGAUGGCAUGCAUGAGAACCCCAUGGGCUACAGCUGUGAAAAGCGUAUACAAUACAUUGUGGAUCAGACUGAGUGCCAGAAUGUUUUCCUUGAAUGUUGCCGCUUCAUCAGAGACAUAUUGAAUGAGAACGAGCGGGAUGAAGAACUGAUAUUGGCAAGAAGUGACUUUGAGGAUGAUUUCUUAGCUGAUGAAGACAUCACUUCUAGGACUCAGUUUCCAGAGAGCUGGUUAUGGCGAUCAGAACAGCUGACUGCACCUCCUAAUGAUCAAGGGAUCUCAUCCAAAACAAUACCUGUUUACCUGAAGGAUUCAAUCACCACCUGGGAGGUGCUGGCUGUGAGCAUUUCAGACACAAAAGGGAUCUGUGUGGCUGACCCUUACGAGAUAACGGUCAGGAAGGACUUCUUCAUCGAUCUACGGCUACCCUAUUCAGUAGUGAGGAAUGAACAGGUGGAGAUCCGGGCUGUUCUCUACAACUAUAGGAGGCGGGAUCUCAAGGUGCGGGUGGAGCUGAUACACAACCCAGCCUUCUGCAGCGCCUCCACUGCCAAGGAAAAAUACCAACAGAUGCUCACUAUUAAAGGCCAGUCCUCCAGGGCAGUUCCAUUUGUGGUCAUUCCACUGAAGCUGGGACACCAUGACAUUGAGGUCAAAGCUGCUGCCUUGGGAGGCGCUGCAGACGGCGUGAAGAAGAAGCUGAAGGUUGUGCCUGAAGGGAUACAGAGAAAACUUGUGACUGUCAUUGAGCUGGAUCCAGCUACGCAAGGGAACAGCGAUGGAGUCCAGGAAUAUCAGGUCAAAGCUAGGAGUUUAGAAGAUAUCAUUCCUGGCACAGAUCCUGAGACCAAAAUUACUGUUCAAGGAGACCCCGUGGCUCAGAUUGUUGAAGACUCAAUUGAUGGGACCAAACUGAAGCACCUCAUUGUAACGCCCUCUGGCUGUGGGGAGCAGAACAUGAUCACCAUGACGCCAUCGGUUAUUGCCACCCACUACCUUGACACCACAGGGCAGUGGGAGAAGCUUGGGGUGGAUCGCCGCUCUGAUGCAGUCAAUCAGAUCAUGCAAGGUUAUACCCAGCAGAUGACAUACAAGAAAGAAGACCACUCCUAUGCUGCCUUUAAAAACCGCAAAAGCAGCACUUGGCUAACGGCUUAUGUCAUAAAAAUCUUUGCCAUGGCUUCCGGAAUAGUAUCUUCUGUUGACAACAGAAUCCUCUGUGGAGGUGUGAAGUGGCUGAUUCUGGAGAAGCAGAAACCAGAUGGAAUUUUCCAUGAAGAUGCUCCUAUGAUCCAUGGAGAAAUGCAGGGAGGUUAUAAGGGCGCUGAACCAGAAGUGUCAUUAACAGCUUUCGUCCUGAUUGCAUUGUUGGAGUCCAAAGACAUCUGCAAGGAUCAAGUCAAUAUUCUAGAGAGCAGCAUCAACAAAGCUUCUGAGUAUUUAUUAAGACAAUAUGAGACGUUGCAAAGACCUUACACCGUGGCCCUCACGGCUUAUGCUUUAGCCCUGGCAGGAAGGCUUAAUGAUGACGGGGUACUCAUGGCAGCAUCAAGAGGUAAGAAUCGUUGGGAGGAAUAUAAGGCUCACACAUACAACAUCGAAGGCACAUCCUAUGCUCUGCUGGCCUUGUUGAAAAUGAGGAAGUUUGAUGCUGUUGGUGCCAUAGUCAAAUGGCUGACAAAGCAGAAGCAUUAUGGAGGGACAUAUGGACAAACCCAGGCAACCGUCAUGGUAUUCCAAGCUCUUGCCCAGUAUGAGAUCGACAUCCCUACCCAUAAGGAGAUAAGGCUGGCAGUUUCUAUUAAACUGCCAGAACGCCGAGAGAUGAUUACUUUCCCUAUUGACUACGACAGCGCACUCUUAGUACGAUCAGCAGAGACCAAGCUAAAUAAAGAUUUCAUUGUGAAAGCAUCUGGUGAAGGAAAAGCAAUUAUGACCAUUGUGACGGUGUAUAAUGCAAAGCUACAGGAGGGCGCAGAGCAGUGCAAGAGUUUUUAUCUACAAGUUUCUGUUGAAAAUGUCCAGCUGAGUAGCAGGCAGGCAAAGGGAGCCAAGGGCGCAGUCAGGAUCAAAAUCUGCACCAGGUAUCUUGGUAAAGUCGAUGCCACAAUGUCGAUCAUUGAUGUCUCCAUGCUUACUGGUUUUGCACCUGACACUGAAGAUCUCAAGAGGCUUUCUGAGGGAGUCGACAGAUACAUCUCCAAGUUUGACAUCAAUGACGCCAUGUCUGAAAGAGGGAACCUCAUCAUCUACCUGGACAAGGUUUCUCACACGGAGGAGGAAUGUUUGCAAUUUAAAGCUUACAAGUAUUUUGAAGUAGGUCUCAUUCAGCCAGGAUCUGUCAAGGUGUACAGCUAUUAUAAUCUAGAUGAGCAAUGCACUAAGUUCUACCAUCCCUCCAAAGGCAGUGGCCUCCUCGAUAAGAUAUGCCAUGGUGAAGUCUGCCGGUGUGCAGAAGACAACUGCUUCUUGCAGAACGAUGAAGAUAACCCUGUUGAUGUUCAUGCACGAAUUGAAGCAGCCUGCAAGCCAGGAGUGGAUUAUGUGUACAAAACCAAGCUGAGUCAUAUAGAAGAAGAAAAUGAUUAUAAUAACUACUUCAUGGAAGUUCUGGAAGUCAUUAAAGCAGGGAGUGAUGCAAACCCAGAAGCCAAGCCCCGCUUGUUUAUCAGCCACAAGAGAUGCAAUGAAUCUCUGAAUCUGGUGGUGAACAAGGACUAUCUAAUCUGGAGCCUCAACAGUGACCUGUGGCAAACCAAAACUGAUUUCAACUACAUGAUUAGCAAGGAUACCUGGAUUGAGAAAUGGCCAAAUGAUGACGAAUGCCAGGACGAAGAAUUCCACGACCUGUGCAAUGACUUAACUGAAUUUUCUAACACACUGAUUACUUUUGGUUGUAACACUUAACGAUGAAGAUGUCAACUAGAGCAACUGGAGCCCAUGAGAUGGGUUUGAGUCAGUGUUUGAAGGACACCUUCCCUCCUGAAGUUCAUCUUCUUAUGUUUUUUGCUCAAUUUCUCCUUAAAAGAGAGAGGGAGGGAGGGUUGUACAUAUACAAAAUAAAGAAUUGCUUUCUUA